AACCCUGGCUUCACUCGCUAGGGUUUUCACUCCAAAGCUUGCUCCCUUUUCCUUCAAUCAUGGCGGAAGAGGCAACAGAGAUCCCCCAACCGAUCGAGGAAUCAAACCUAUCACAGGAGGCAUCGGCGCAGGAUAUGGAGCUGGAGCCCGUCUCCGGGUCCGCGGAAGCUGAAGGCGGCGUGGAGCAGCAGGAGGAGAACGGCGCCACCAAGAGAGCUAGGGACGAUGUUGAGGAGGAGGAGGAGAACGAUGGGAAUUCGAAGAAGCAGAAGGUGGAGAAGUCUUUGGAAGAGGAGCGGCUUGAGAAGCUGAAGGAGAAGGGAGGAGAAAGUGAUUCGAAGGAGGGUGAGAAGGGAUCUGAGGGUCCUAAGAGUUUGGGCCCAAAAAACUUUGGUUCGUCGGUUGAGAUGUUUGAUUAUUUCAUGAAGCUUCUGCAUUCUUGGUCUACUAAUCUCGAUGUCAACAAGUAUGAACACCUGGUUUUACUGGACUUGAUCAAGAAGGGACACCCAGAGCCUGACAAGAAGAUCGGAGUUGGAAUCCAGGCAUUCCAAGUUCGAGUCCAUCCAGCCUGGAAAAGCCGCUGCUUCUUCCUUGUGCGAUCUGAUGGGACCUCUGAUGAUUUCAGCUUCCGCAAAUGUGUGGACCACAUCCUCCCCUUACCUGAUAACAUGAAGGUGCCUUCAGCUUCAAAUGGCAGUAAACACAAGGGAGGUGGCCAUGUUGGCAAAUCCGGUGGUGGUGGAAGAAGGGGACACGGUCAUGGCAAACGGGGAGGAAAGUAACUGCUUGCCUCUUUUUGUACUCUCCUCGGUUGUAUCCAGUUCAGGACUUUGUCUUCUGGUUAUGUAGUUGCAGUAGACUGCAAAAUUUUGUACUGGAGGAGUGUUUUGUUGUUCUGGUUUGUUACUUUACACGGAUUUUAAAUUAUAUCUAAUUUCCUUGCUUCUCCGAGAGAUUUAAUCA